AACUAAUCGAACCCGUGAUUUGUGGUGAUCUUUUCCGUGUGAUUGGCCCUGAUCUAUUCAGCCGAUACCGACCAUCUCAAGCCCUUCGACUUUUCAGGUACCAGUGUAUUGAUUUAGUCUUGUGAAUAUCGGGCGAGUUGGAUAUUAUUACAUGGAGCCGAGAAAUCUGAAGAAGCUCGCGCCAGCACCGGCUUCGUCUAGCAGUCGCGAGACUCCUCCACAGAUUUCUAUAUCUGCUCCGGGUCCACGUAGGAACCUAACAAGGAAUGCAUGCUCUCCAUGUAAACUCAAAAAGGCAAAGUGUGACGGGAAUCGGCCUGCAUGCGGGAGAUGUCUGAAAGCCGGCGAUGCGUGUUUAUACGAAGUCAACAAACGAGACAUCGGCAGACUGCAACUAUUAAGCGACUACGACACGACCAGACUACAGAAUUUUGAAGUGGUCUUUGGGGUUUUACAGAAUGGGACCAAGCAUCAAGCUACUGAAUUGUUUUCACAAAUUAGGCUCGGCGACUCCAUCGAAAAGCUUGCGUCUGCGUUAAACCCUUCAAUCUCUGGACAACUAGGUUCGUUGCCGUCCGAACAAACAACCUUCGUAUCGAUUUCAGAUUCAACGGCCACCCGUUCCGAGCUCGAAGACCCUUCCAUGGUUGUGCAGUCUCAAAGCUUCAUGGAUCUCUUACUGGAUCAAGAUGACUGGACACAACCUUCUGAGGACGUUGGCCACGGAUCUGAGAUGUUCCAGGAUGGGAUGCACGAUAGAAUGCAGGACGUAAUGGAGGUCGGGAUGCAGGUCGGCAUACAGGACGGAAUACAUGAUGGAAUACAUGAUUACGCCCCCCAUUCCACCCAACCCGAUGGCCAAUAGCCCUGAUAUCCUCAGUCGAUUGCCUCUUAAUCCACAUAGCAUACGAUUUCCCAAUAUUCACCGAUUCGGCAGCGAGCUCUUCGAGUAGCACAAGGCUUUUCUAUCUUCGACUGGAAGCGAAAUCAAUUUACCCGCGAAAAUAAUUUGAACAUCCUUAGACCAGAGCUUCGAACAGCCUUCGGUGUUCGUUCUCAGCGCUGUGCGACUCGGACAUAUUACGCGGAUUGAUGAAUAAAUAAAGUGCAAAUACUGUGCGAGGCGUUACAAGUCUGACGAGAUCAUCUCAGCGGAGUCUCGAGUUCCCUGUGAGCAUUUUCAAUAAUUACCUACUUUCGAGCGGGCCAUGCACCCUUAUUAUCACUACUUGGCUCCCUAGCCCGAUUAUUUUACAACAUGUUUAUAUUGGCUGACAUCCCGGGU